GCAGGGCAGUGGCAGCGACCUUCAAAUCGAAAGGCUGCACCUCGGCUCGGCAUGGCCGGAAUUGGUUUUAAUUUGCGCGCAGGGUGCGUAUUUCGAGAGCUGACGAGACGAUCCAGGCCACUGGCCACGAGCUAGUGCUUAGCUUAGCGUAGCGUAGCUUCUUCAGUGCUUCACCAACCACCACACAAGCAGGGAGAGAAGCCGAGUGAGGUCAGGCUGGGGCUGGGCCGGCCGUGCUUCACUGCUGCUGCUGCUUCUUCUUCUUCUUCUUCUUGCUGGCUUUGGCAGUAGCGCAUACACACACAUAUACUGCCAUGGUAGAUUAGAAUGUGUAUUUAACCUGCUUUGGUCGAGGUUCUUCAGGUGGCCGGCCUUCGACGCCUCGUGUUGAAGGAAACAAGGGAAAAGAGUGAGCUGCAGAGCAACCAGACAAGAAGGGCGGUGUGCGCACAGGCACUAGAGACAGCUCUCAUCCUCUAGAAGCUAGCUAGCUAGAGCCGCAAGCCGCCAUCGCCGCCGCCGCAGGAUCAGAAGCGGCCAGGCGCCUCCAAAAGAGAGAUCCACUGCUCCAUCUCCUCCCCCCCGGAUGGCCGCUUCUUGCUCCUGCUUUGUUCCCUUCCUCCUCCUCCUCCUCGCCUCGGCCUCGGCCUUGACGACGACGGAGCGGCGCGGCAAUAAUGGCACGCGGCGGCCGGCGUUCAGCUCGGAGGAGGAGCUCCGCGGGUUCCGGAGCAUCACGGCCAGGCUUGCCAGGCUCAGGGACGCGUCCGUCAAGACGAUCCAGAGUCCCGACGGCGAUGUCAUCGACUGCGUGCCGGCGCACCUGCAGCCGGCGUUCGAGCAUCCCAAGCUGAGGGGCCAGAAGCCAGAGAGCGAGCCUGCGGAGAGGCCGAGGAGCAGCAGUGGCAGUUUCUCCAACGCUGCUGAUCGAGGCGAGGACGACGAUGACGACGACCCGUUGCCGCAGGCGUGGCGGCGGUCCGGCGAGUCGUGCCCGGAUGGGACGGUGCCGGUGCGGCGGACGACGGAGGACGACGUGCUCAGGGCCAGCUCUUCCUCCGCCACCCGCUUCGGGAUGAAGGCCCGUGGCGGCGUGUUCGCGCGGCGCGACUCCACCGGCGGCGGCCACGAGCACGCGGUGGGGUACGUGACCGGCGGGCAGUUCUACGGCGCCAAGGCGAGCCUGAACGUGUGGCCGGCGCAGGUGGCGUCGCCGGCGGAGUUCAGCCUGUCGCAGAUCUGGGUCAUCUCCGGCGCCUUCGGCCACGACCUCAACACCAUCGAGGCCGGCUGGCAGGUCAGCCCUCAGCUCUACGGCGAUAACAGCCCCAGGUUCUUCACCUACUGGACUGACGACGCGUACAAGGAGACGGGGUGCUACAACCUGCACUGCUCGGGGUUCGUGCAGACGAGCAGCCGCGUGGCGAUCGGCGCCGCCAUCUCGCCCAUCUCCACCUACGCCGGCCGCCAGUUCGACAUCACGGUGCUCAUCUGGAAGGACCCGCGCAGGGGCCACUGGUGGCUGCAGCUCGGCUCCGGCGGAUCCGCCGGCGGGCUCGUCGGGUACUGGCCCUCCGCGCUCUUCACGCACCUCGGCUCCCGCGCCGACAUGGUGCAGUUCGGCGGCGAGGUCGUCAACGCGCGCCCCGCCGGCGCGCCGCACACGCCCACGCAGAUGGGGUCCGGCAGGUUCCCCGCCGAAGGGUACGCCCGCGCCGCCUACUUCCGCAACGUCCAGGUCGUCGACUGGGAUAAUAGCCUCGUCCCGGCGGCUGGGCUCCGGCUGCUCGCCGACCGACCGGGGUGCUAUGACAUCGCCGGCGGCAGCGGCGGCGCAUGGGGCACCUACUUCUAUUACGGUGGGCCCGGCAGGAACGCACGGUGCCCGUAGGAACGACGGAACGCCGGAAUGGGUGUUGUGCGUGUGUUACAUACGUGCUCACUCAAGCACACCUAUAGCAGAGGCUGAUUGCUAUAUUACUACUAAUGAAAGCUUUCCGUUUUUUUUUUAAAAAAAAAUCUCUCCAUGUAAAUUUGAUGCAGUUGUGAUCAUCUAACAAUUUUUGUUAAUUUAGCUUUCUCUGAUUUGUUUCAUUGUUUGUGCCCUUGUACCGAUGAGUUUGGUACAAAGGUUCGGAAUUUCAACUGAAUUUCACGAUUUUCAAUUCUA